UAUGUCCCAGUGGCAGAUUUGGCAAGAACUGCAUUGGAAUAUGCACCUGUACCAAUAAUGGAACGUGUAAUCCUAUUGAUAGAUCCUGUCAGUGUUACCCUGGCUGGAUUGGUAGUGACUGCUCUCAGCCUUGUCCACCUUCCCACUGGGGACCAAACUGCAUCCACACAUGCAACUGCCAUAAUGGAGCUUACUGCAGUGCCUACGAUGGGGAGUGCAAGUGUACCCCAGGAUGGACUGGUCUUUACUGUACACAAAGAUGUCCCCUAGGGUUUUAUGGGAAGGACUGUGCAUUGAUAUGUCAAUGUCAGAAUGGAGCCGACUGCGACCACAUCAGUGGGCAGUGCACCUGCCGCACAGGUUUCAUGGGGAAGCACUGCGAGCAGAAAUGUCCUCAAGGUACGUAUGGGUAUGGAUGCCGGCAGAUAUGUGACUGUCUGAACAACUCAACCUGUGACCACAUCACAGGAACAUGUUACUGCAGCCCAGGCUGGAAAGGGGCCAGGUGUGAUCAAGCUGGUGUGAUUAUAGUUGGAAACUUGAACAGUUUAAGCCGUACCAGUACUGCCAUCCCAGCUGAUUCUUACCAGAUAGGGGCUAUAGCAGGCAUCAUCAUUCUUGUCCUGGUUGUGCUUUUUCUGCUAGUACUGUUCAUCAUUUACAGACAUAAGCAGAAAGGAAAAGAAACAAACAUGCCCACAGUGACCUAUACCCCUGCUAUGAGGGUCAUCAGUGCAGAUUACACCAUUUCAGAAACCAUCCCUCAUAGCAAUGGUGGAAAUGCUAACAGUCACUAUUUCUCUAACCCUAGCUAUCAUACUCUAACUCAAUGCACUACCCCACCUCAUGUCAACAACAUGGACAGACUGACCCUGGCGAAGGCAAAAAACAAUCAGCUGUUUGUGAACCUUAAAAAUGUGGAACCUGGAAAACGAGGCACCAUCAUGGACUACACAGGAACACUGCCUGCAGACUGGAAACAUGGUGGCUACUUCAAUGAGCUUGGUGCUUUUGGACUUGAUAGGGGAUAUUUGGGAAAGUCCCUGAAAGAUCUAGUGAAGAACUCAGAAUACAAUUUAAGUAACUGCUCAUUAAGUAGUUCUGAGAACCCAUACGCUACUAUAAAAGACCCACCAGCUCUUGUACCAAAAAGUUCCGAAUGUGGGUAUGUUGAAAUGAAGUCACCAGCACGCAGGGACUCCCCAUAUGCUGAGAUCGCUGGCUCUGCUACAGCCAAUAAGAAUGUUUAUGAAGUUGAACCUACUGUGAGUGUUGUCCAGGGAUCAUUCAGCAGCAGCGGACGUUUCAGCCAGGAUCCUUAUGAUCUUCCAAAAAACAGCCAUAUUCCUUGUCAUUAUGACUUGCUACCAGUUCGAGAUAGCCCCACAUCCUCUGCGAAGGAGGUCAGCAGUGAAUGA